GCAUUUCUUCGACUGGAUUCCGAGAGACAUUCGGGUAGCACCAUGAAGGUCGGCGUCGCCAUCGCGGUCUUGACGUGCAGGCUCUCCGCUGCCACGGAGCUCACCAAGGAGACCUGGGACGACGCCGUGGCGGGGAAGACGGUAUUCGUCAAGCCAGCGCCGCCUCGCGGCUCCUGGUGCCGCCGGCCCUCGCCCGCGGAGCUCUGCAACUCAGUUGGUGUCCGGGGCUAUCCUACCAUCAAGUCAGGCGACCCUAACGAUCUCCAGGAUUACAAAGGAGGCCGCUCCUUCAAUGACCUCAAGAAGCACGCCGAAACACUGGGCCCAACUUGUGGCCCAGCGAAUCUCGAUCUUUGCGAUGCCGAGAAGAAGGCGAAGAUCGAAGAGUUCAUGGCCCUCAGCGCAGAGAAGCGUGAGGAGAUGAUUAAAGAAAAGGAAGCCGCGUCCGAAAAGCUCGAAUCGGAUUUCAAGGCCUACGUCGAAGGCCUCAACAAGCAGUACAAGGCGGAGUCCGAGAAGAAGGACAACGCCCUGGAGGCCAUCAAGACCAGUGGGCUUGGCCUCCUCAAGUCGGUCCACAAGUACGAGGGCAAGAAGGCGAAGGGGGAGCUGUAG